GAAGACGAGAAACCGACAGAGCGCGGAAGAGGAAAGUCUGCAAAGGCUAUACGUUAAACAAAAACAAGCUAAGCUAGCAACGGUGAUUUAAGAUACUAACCCUAACCCUGCGGUCCGAUAUCAAAUAAAACGUUCAGAUUGCAGCUUAUUUUCAUGUAUUGUUUUUGUAAAGGGGUUACUUUUAGACAGAUAAUCGCUAUACUAGGUACAAAGGUUGGAAUCUAAGUGCUAACGCAGCUAGCCAAGUUAGCUAACGUUAGCAGGUAGCUACGUUAGCGUCGUAUAGUAGCAUCGGUUACAAGUUGCUAUCAACCCAACAACACUGCAUGUCGGUCUCCUAAAGUGAACUUGUAGUUAUAAAAGGUGUUAUAGAAAGGUGGAGGUAAUGCACCACGUCAAGAUCAAGACUGAAAGGCCAGAUGUGGAGGGGGCUGGUGCCCGCAGCAGGCUGGAUGCUGUGUUAAAGGGACUGGUAGAGAGGAGUGAGAAUGAAAGGGAGCAAAAUGAGGGUGAUACUGGGAAAAUAUCAGUCGACUCCUUAAACAAGGAUUUGUCACCAUCAUCUGCUGGAAAAAGGCCGUCAGCUCGAUUUCCACAGCACCGAAGGAAGAAACGUAAAGAGAUGGAUGAGGGCAUACCAGAGAGCAAUCAACACAAACAGAAUGCUUACAUUAUUAAGUUGUUUGAUCGCAGUGUGGAUCUGGCUCAGUUCAACACCAGCACCCCACUGUAUCCUAUUUGCCGUGCCUGGAUGAGGAACAAUCCUUCUGUUCGAGUGCCACCUUCUUCCCCAAGCCCCCCACACGUUAUGGUGGAGGAAGAGCUUACAGACAUGAUCAAUGGUAAAGGUCAGAAUGUGUACAGACUCCCUCCUCCAACGUCCUGUCCAAUCAGCACCUCUGGUGAACCCAUCAAUCUCAGGAUCCCACAGACUGAAAAACCCACUAUCAACAAGUCGACAGAUUCACUUCCUGUAUCAGGUUCUCUCAUAUGUGACCACAUGGAACGUUGGAAAAAGAUAAGGCAAAAGUGGAAGGAGUGCUCUAACAAGAACCAGUUAAGAUACAGCGAGAGUAUCAGGGUUCUUAAGGAGAUGAAGGAGCUCUAUGAUCGCUAACUGGCUUGUCCUGCAGCUCCUGACCACAGAAUGGACUCCACGCAGUUGUAAAGGAGCCAUGGUUUAUAGCAGUCAAUGUUUAAACACACCUGCCAUGUAUGUAAUCAGACUCAUAGGAAAGCAUGAACAGAACCGUGAGCCUUAAAUAAACCAUAUGUCCUAUGCAUUGCAGAAGAAAUAUUCUAAAGGAAGUUUUUAGCAAUUUCUUAUGCAAGAAUUUGUUCCAGUGUGAUGUCAAGACUGUUUUUAUUCCUUAAAAUUAUUUGUAGAUGUCUUAAUAAACUAAUCAGUUUUCCAGACACA